UGUCGAACAUUUUAUUGUUGUUCUUAUCUCCUCAGAGAAACGCUCUGUGUUGACCUCUACACAAUGGCACACAAUACUAUCACAACCCCCGAUUCCUCUUCCUCUUACACAGAGCAGAGAUCAGCAGGCAAUGCCAUCGCCGAAAACAGCGAUCUCAUCACACAGAUCUUAGUUCGAUUGCCUGUAAAACCCCUUACCCAGUUCAAAUCUGUGAGCAAACAAUGGCUCUCUCUCAUCUCCGAUUCCCAAUUCUCUCUCCACCACUCUCGCCGCAAUCGCAAACCCAUCUCAGCUCUCUUCCUCCUCAGCCUCAACAAGAUCAACCCAGAAUUCUCCUUCCUUCCCUUCGCCGAUUGCUCUCUCGGGUCACCACAUUUCCAGUUCCUUGCCCACCCAGUAUGUUUUAACAAUGGAGUGUUUUGGAAUGGAAAAGUGCAUUGGAUUAGCAAUAGUGACAUUGUAUGUUUUGAUAUUGAUGAAGGAUACCUUAAAAUUAUGCCAUUGCCGUUGACUUCUAAUGGCUCGAAUGUUAUGUAUUUUGGAGAGUCGAGUGGCCAUUUGCACCAUGUUGUAAAUUUCAAAGGUAGCAAGGCUCUAUUCAAUGUUUUUGAGAUGGAAACGGACUACUCUGGGUGGGUUCUGAAAUAUUGUUGUGAUCUUGACACGGUGAUUAGACCCCCAGAUAUGCUUUUGAACCACAAGUCUUGUGCAUUUUCUCUGAUAUUUCUGGGCAGAGGAGAGAAAGAAGAUGAGUCUUGUCUUGUGAUAGGAAUACAUGGUAAACUUAUUUCUUAUGAUCUUAAGAAUAUGACCUCAAAGAAGCUUAUUGAUUUGCUGCCAUUUUGUUAUAAAAAUGGUUGGGCACAGCGUGCACGCUACAAAGCUUUGCCAUAUAAUGAGACUCUAUUUGAAGUUUAAAUAUGGUGCUUCGCUGAUGUUACCAAAUUUUCGAACUCAACAGCAUAUGUGAUCUAUAAUGCUCAUGCUUAGAUGAGUGCUUUUUGCACUAGUUUACAUGGAACCUUAGAGAGUAAUGUUAUAUUUGAGGGGAAGGAUAAUUACCUUGUCUCCGUAGUAUGUCAGGCACAUGACUUGGUGUAUAUGCUUUUUGGGCUCCUGUAUUUGUCAAUAUCUUUGGGAUGCGUGGUUCUUGACGACACAUAUGAUGAGUUUGGAAUUCAUUUGUCAUCUUUUGCUUGAAAUACAUUUCUGGAAGUUUGUGAUUAGUUUUUGCCAGCAUUCAAUGUGGCUUGGAAUGAAUGUAUAUAAUUUGUCUACUACCGAAUUCGUCACUUACCAUUUCGAUGAAAGGGAAAUGGCUUACCACUGUAACGCUGAUAGAAUUAGCAGUGUGUUCAAGCUAAUGCUUUUCUCUGAUGUUAUGAUUUUAUGGUAUGAUUUAU